AUCUGUACCAAUAUCCUUUUCGUUGUUUUUCUCUUCUCCGUGACCUCGGAAAGAAGCUAUUGCAAAACCAAAAGGGUGCAGCUAUGGUUUCAGGAACCCUCGAUUCGAUUCACUGACCAUAACUUCUUCCCUCUAGGGUUUAUCAUUCUCUACCUCGUACCCCCUCAACUCUUUCUAAGAAACAGGUUCAAUUGUUAUUUCCCCCCCCCCCCCCCCUCCCCCCCUUCUUUUACAGUCGCAUGGAAGCUCUAGCAAGUUCAGUUUUCGUUUCCAAAUUAUCAGAGACGAUUCCGGUUAUUUGUGCACCCCAUUCUUCGAUCAGAUCACCAAAUAAACUUAUUGGGUCUCUGAAAUUUCGUGAUACGACGCCGCGGGUUUGUGGGUCUCGUGUUCUUGCGCUUGCUCGGGAAGCAUCAGACGGAGGCGAUGAAGAGAUACGGUUUGAGAAUAAUGGGUCCAGUUUAAUUUCUGAAAAGAUUGCAUCUUUGUCUCAGGGUGAUCCGGACUACAAUCAAGAGGGUGAAAAGGAAGCAAAUGAGACACGAAAGAUGGGGACACCUUUAAUCGUCCCAUCUGGAAGUGGAGCAGGGGGAGGCUCAAGGGCUGGGCUAUUCAGAACUCCCAUAUCUGGUGGAGUCCAGAGUGCAACGUCAGCUCAUGGUUUACCUCGACCUGCCUUAGCAGUGCGCAAUCUGAUGGAGCAGGCUAGAUUCGCUCAGUUGUGUACGGUAAUGUCUCGGAUGCACCACCGAAGAGAAGGAUACCCAUUUGGUUCACUGGUAGAUUUUACACCAGAUUCAAUGGGACAUCCAAUAUUUUCAUUUUCACCAUUGGCCAUUCACACGCGAAAUCUGUUGGCUGACCCGAGAUGCACUCUUGUUGUGCAGAUACCUGGAUGGAGUGGCUUGUCCAAUGCGAGGGUAACCAUAUUCGGCGAUGUCUUCCCUCUUCCUGAACACGACCAGGAAUGGGCUCAUAAACAGUAUAUGACCAAACAUCAACAAGGGCCUUCUCAACAAUGGGGGAACUUCUACUAUUUUAGGAUGCAGAACGUAAGUGACAUAUACUUCAUUGGAGGCUUUGGCACUGUUGCUUGGGUUGAUGUCAAGGAAUAUGAGACUCUUCAGCCUGAUAAGAUCGCUGUGGAUGGGGGUGAACAGAACUUGAAGGUGGGCUUCUUGGAUUCGAGUAGACAUUAUCUCAAGUUCAAUCAUCUUAAAACUAAGGAGCUCAAUGCUAUCUUUUCAAAACCCCUAAAAGAGGUAUUGUCCAGCGAGAUGGAAGUAGAUGAUGCUGCUCUUAUAUCAAUAGACAGCAAGGGAAUUGAUAUCCGAGUUCGGAUAGGGGCCCAAUUCAACAUGCAGAGAUUAUCCUUUGAAGAGGGGCAUGCAAUUGAAACUCUAGAGGAAGCUAAGGCGGCACUUUGGAAACUAAUCAACAAAGGUCGAGUUUACAAUUUGCCAAAAUAACAAAAGUUUCACAAUUUGCGGAAAUAGAAGAAGUAUUGUCAUGUGGUGUUACUCUUUCUUAUUGUCAGAGGUCCUGUUUUAGGUUUUGUUUUGUUUUUUUCCGACUUUUAUUUUGGGACAAGGUAUUUUGAUAAUAACUACCAGUUUUGUACCCUGCAAAAUGUGUAGUAUAAUAGAUAUGAUGAUGUCUGUCUUUGUUUUGCAA